AUGUUCAAAAAGAAGCCAACGAUCAAGAAUCUUUCUCCUCUGCGUUCGUCCGAUCGGAGAAAGAUCGCCGACCAAAUUAUCAAAGACUACCAGAUCUCCAUACCUUCAACCUCCGAAGCAGACUCGGCCUCUGCGCCCACGACGGCCUCACUGACGUCAAUCCGAAAUGCACUUCUCCCCGAUAACUCUUUGACCGCUCGAUUCACAACGACUGCUGGUCCAGAUCUACGCGAGCUACAAGGAAUUGUCUACGUUGGUACACAUCCGGACGGUGAAGAGCGCGUGCUAUGGUUCAAGCUAGAACAUGGCCCUGGGGCUGACAAAAGACUGUACCCGACUGUCUACACAUUAUGGCACAACCCCAACCUAGUCCCAUUACUCUAUACCCCAGAAUUUGUUAUGGGCAAACUCCAUGGUGGAGCCGACCUGAUGACUCCCGGCCUUGCGAACGAACCUCCAUUCCCAGCGAAGGCGGUCAAGGGGGCUGUUGUUGCGGUUGCGAGUGUGGACAAACAUACAGUGCCUCUUUUCGUCGGCAUCUGUGAGAUCGAUGUUUCAGCUUUGGGUGAGGUCCAAGGAACCAAGGGUCAUGCCGUCCGGGGAUUGCAUUGGGAGGGUGAUGAGCUUUGGGCGUGGAGCUCUGCAUCACGACCCGGCCGCCCAGCGCCAGAAUAUUUGGAGGGCUGGGAUGAAGAUGGAACAGACAAUGUCGAAGAAGGAAUUGAGGAUUUGACAAUUGAGGAUGAAGAAGACGCUCUUGCAGAGACUAUUGAGGAGACACCGAGUGACGAACCUGCCCCAGUGGAAGAACCUGAGGUUGAAGGGGAACCGGAGCCGACAACAAAAGAAAUUGACGAUGCUUUUGUUAAUGCCUUUGUCUAUGCCCUAUACAAGCAGAAGCAGGACAACCCCUCAGCUAGCAAUCAUGGUCUCUCAUUGCCUAUUACACCCUCCGCAUUGAUAUCUGAUCUCAUUACACCUUAUUUACCGGUGUACACUUCCCAACAAGCACAAUUUUACAACAUCAAGAAGACUAGCUGGAAAAACGUCAAGAAGUUCAUCAAGCAUCUAGACAAGUCGAAGCUCGUCAAGUCGAAAGACCGAAAUGGUCAGGAGACCGUCAUUCUGGAUGUGGACUUCGGGGAUCACCGUGUUGAGCGUUUCGUUCCAUAUCGACUACCUUCGCCCCGUGCCCUCGAAGGCAGCAAGCCGUCUGUGGCGGAAGGUAGGAAGCCCGCUACCACAGAUGACUCCGACCCUUCAGUAGGCCAGUCAAUCACUGUGCAAAGUCUGUAUAAACCAUCGGGAAAACUGAUGCCAACUAUUUUCCCUGCUCUUGCUGCGGGAAACCCGAGCAACUUUUACAAACAUACCGACGUGUCAUCUCAUUUGGAUCAAUAUCUUCAGUCUCAAGAUCCACCGAUCAUCUCAAAGGAAAACCGAAGAAUUAUCACUCUCAAUCCUUUCCUCGCCAACACCAUUUUCACCGGGUCUUCUACCGAAGAUAAGGGGGCACUUGCCCGUGGAAAGGUCACACGCGAUGGUCUUCUGAAACGUCUCAUAGAAGAUAAAUCACUCCUUCAGCCACACUAUGUGAUUUUGAAGACUGGCCAAACGGUUGCAGAUGUGAAGCCAAAAGCAGGUGCCGCACCCAAGGUCACUGUCACCCUUGAAAAGCGUACAGGCUCGAAAACCGUCACUAAAGUAGUGACUCUGGAAGUCUUUGGCAUUAUUCCCACCCUCUUAGCCCAAGAAUUACAGAAGAAGUGUGCUGGUAGUACCAGUGUGACUCAGGCUACUGGUGCCUCCAAGGGUGUCAUGGAAGUCUUGGUGCAAGGUGACCAGCGAAAGGCUAUCGAGACGGCCCUUGUUCGUCGUGGACUGAGGCCACAAAUGAUCGAGAUUGUGGAUAAGACCAAGAAGAAGAAAACUUGA